AUGCGUCACUUCUCUCUCCUUCCGGAGCAGUUCAGCGGCUUCGAAACCUGGGUAACCCGAGUGUCUCUCGCUCUAGCCGCUUUCUUCAUUGGUCCAUUUAUCCUCCUGCUCAUCUACGAUUUCAUCCUCUACCUCUUCCGGUCUCUGACUUACGAAAUCCCCGUCAUUGGCGGGAGAGCACGUGGGGAGAGGCGCCCGCGUGCUCCCAGCUUGAGAGAACGUCCAAACGGCCAUCUUCGCAGAAUCAGUCUUUCCCCCCUCGCUGACUCCCCCGCGCAAACAACGGGAACGUCAAAACCAGAAGGAGUGGAUGAACUCAGAUGGCGCGACGGAGACACUGACCAUGAUCUCACCGAUGACGCUCGAUAA